AUGACGGAUGCAGUUGAGAAGCGCGUGCAAGCGUGCGCAACAGAAUUGAAGACAAUGACGGUGGACGUGUCAGGCCUCAAGCGGCAACUCGGCACUCUUCGCUCGCAGCUGUUCAAAGUGGAGAUGCUGCGUGCGCGCCGCCGCGUUCGCGCCGCUGCACUUGCGGUGGCCUCGGCACCAGAUGACGAGGCCGCCGACAAGGCGCUCGACUCCAUGACCCGGAGCAUGCAGGAGCUCGAGCUCACACGCAAGAGCGGCGCCCGCUUCGACAUGUACAAGAACCGCGGGCGCGGCAAGCAGGCCACCCAGGAGCGCCUGCAGGCCACCCUGGCCGGCCUCAGCAACCUGCGCGAGAAGCGGUGGAGCGAGGAGCGCGGCAUCCGCCUGCCUCGUGCUCGGCCGUCCCCGACGAAGAUGCCCGUCACUGCGCCCAUCCCGGGGCAGCCGCCGGCGCUGCCGCCUCUGGGCGACCUCCAGGACAUUCCCAACCUCAACUUUGUUGCUGCGAACCUCAAGUCCAGCAACCCGGCGACCCUGCUGGAGGAGGUGCGCCGGCUGCGCAAGGCCCUGUCGCGGGAGGCGCAGCCGCCCAUCGACGAGGUGAUCCAGUCUGGCGCGGUGCCGUACCUCGUGCACUUGCUCGUGCACGACAACGCGACCAUCCAGUUUGAGGCCGCGUGGGCGCUGACCAACAUUGCCUCUGGCAACUCGAGCCAGACGCGCGUGGUGAUUGGCAACAACGGCAUCCCUUUCUUCGUGCACCUGCUGCAGUCGCCGGCCGCCGACGUGUGCGACCAGGCCAUCUGGGCGCUGGGCAACAUCAGCGGCGACUGCCCGGAGUACCGCGACCUGUGCAUCAGCCACCACAUUGUGCCCGUCCUCAUCAACAUCCUCAAGUCUGCGCAGAAGGUGCAGCUCAUCCGCAACGCCGUGUGGUGCCUCAGCAACCUGUGCCGCGGCAAGCCCCGCCCGCCGUUUGCGGAGGUUGCCGUGGCCAUCCCCAUGCUGGCGCAGUGCAUCAUGUCCGACGACCGCGACACGGUGACCGAUGCGCUGUGGGCCAUCUCCUACCUCUCGGACGGCGCCAACGAGCAGAUUGCGAGCGUGCUGCGCGCGGUGAACGUGCGGGUGCUGGUGGAGAUGCUGCUGAAGAACGAUCCGCAGCUGGUGACGCCGGCCCUGCGCACGCUCGGCAACAUUGUCACGGGCACCGACGUGCAGACGCAGGCGUGCAUUGACGCCGGGAUGCUGCCUGCGCUGCGUGCCAUCCUCAGCAAGCGCGACAACAAGAAGGCCAUGCUCAAGGAGGCGUGCUGGGCGCUGAGCAACAUCACGGCAGGCACGCGGGAGCAGAUACAGGCGGUGCUUGAUGCGGGCCUGGUGCCGCUUGCUGUGGACUACUGCCUCAACGCACCAGCGCCCGACGUGGCCAAGGAGGCGCUGUGGGUGCUGUCGAACAUGACGAGCGGCGGGUCGCCGCAGCAGCUGCGCAUCUUGGUGAGUGCAGACGCCGUGCGGGCGUUUGGCGGGAAGAUUGAGGCACACACGGCGGUUGCCGUGGAGGGCGUGGCGAACCUUGUGAACAGCAUGCAGGCAGAUGAGGAGGUAAUUGAGGUGCUGGUUGGCCUGCUGGAGGACGAGGGUGUGGUGGACGCCCUGCAGGACUGCGACCACCACCAGGCCGCCCAGGUCCUCAACACCAUUGCACCUUACUUGGACUGA